AUGAUCCGCCAAUCAGCCUUCACCCGGUCUCUCUUCUCCAAGCCCCGUGCAGUCCUGCCGAGUCGCGUGUUCGUCCGAGAAACCGUCGCCGCUCGUCCCGGCCAUCAACGGCCCUUCAACACUACUCUCUCCUCCCUCUCCAUCUCCUCGUCGUCGUCCGCCAAUCCUCCGCUCGACUCUUCCGCCUCUUCUGCUGACCAAACACCCGUCUCGGAAGCCUCGAUCUCCGCUAAACUCGCUAGGAAGCUCCCUCAGGCUGUCAAGCUUCGGGUCGAAGACGUCUCAGGUGGAUGCGGCUCGUUCUUUGUCGUCGAAGUCGUCGAUCAGACGUUCGAAGGUCUCUCGAUGCUCAAGCAACACCAACUCAUUAACCGGACACUCGCUGAUGACAUCGACAGGAUCCAUGGCCUUCAGGUUCGUCUUCUUGACCCCUCCUCUUCUACUCUAGCCAUUCUUCCCAUAUCACUUUCUUUGUAA